GGCCUCAUGAGGUGGUGGCCAUACACUGUAUGGGAGGGUCGCACAACCCCAUCCCAAGGUGGAAUUAUUGAUCCCGCCCAGCAUGCAAUCCCACAAGCUGACUAACUCCUGGGUACCUACUCACUGUUAGAUGAACAGGGUAAUGAAUGUAGUAGGGAUCAUCGGGGCGGGCGCGUCGGGUGUGUGCGCGGCUCGCCAUAUACUGGCCAGCGAGCACUGGAGACCUGUGGUGUGGGAGUCCUCCUCCCACGUGGGGGGCACCUGGAGGCUCUCUCACCAUGUUGGCACCAAUAGCUUGCCUGUCCAUUCUAGCAUGUAUGAAAACCUUAGGACUGACUUGCCAAAAAUGAUGAUGGCAUUCCCAGAUUUUCCAUUUCCUGAGGAUAGUAAAUCAUUUAUGCACCACACAACAGUCCUCAAGUACCUGGAGGAUUAUACUCAGCACUAUGGCAUCCAUCGGUGUAUCAAGUUUGGUCACCACGUUGAGAAGGUGUCGCCCAUAAUGAAGACGGAGGGUCCCCCAGCCUGGGCGGUCACAGUCAGGGACCUGACCUCUGGUUUAACAUCCUCCACAACCUGUGAUGCCCUACUUGUGUGUACUGGACAUUUUACAGUGCCAUAUACACCACAUAUAGAAGGCAUAGAAAAUUACAAGGGACUACAGGUGCACAGCCAUGAUUACCGAAAGCCUUCACCUUAUGCAGGGUCCACAGUAGUGGUUCUUGGAGCUGGUGCAUCAGGUCUUGAUAUCUCGCUAGAACUAUCAUCAGUGGCAGACAAGGUACUUCUGUCUCACAACCUUCCUGUGUCAAUCCCUUCUGAACUGCCUCCCAAUAUCUAUCAAGUACCUGGAGCAGUGAAGGCAACACAGGAAGGAUUUGUGUUUUCUGAUGGCUCUAGGGCUCAAGCUGAUGCCAUUGUGUUUUGCACAGGUUAUAAAUACAGUUUUCCCUUUUUGACGGAGGAAUGUGGAAUCCAGGUAGACGACAACUGUGUGAAGCCACUGUACAAACACCUAAUCAACUCCAUCUACCCAUCAAUGGCUUUCAUUGGAAUUCCAUCCAGGGUUAUUGUCUUUCAGAUAAUUAACUAUCAGGUUCAGUACUUCCUGGCUACACUGACUGGUAGUGUUAAACUCCCUACACCAGAUGAAAUGACUGCAAUCAACGACAAAAUUCAUGAAGAGUGGAAAAAGCAAGACUUGAAAACCAAACACUUUCAUAUGCUGCCUACUGAUCAGUGGCAAUAUAUGGAAGACUUAGCAACAGAAGCAGGGUUGAAUCAACCUCCACCUUUCUUAAAAAAGAUGUGGAAUAUAGUAAUGACGAGACUCUUCCUAUCUUUUCCCAUAUUCAGAAGUUAUGAGUACAGCCUCAAGAGUGAUGGAAGUAUUGUGGAAGCUAAAGAUGGUAAAGUGAUCAGUACCUCAUGGGAUCUUGGCAGACUCGUUGUCCAACAGUUGGCUCGUUUUGUUUGGAGAGAUUUCUCGAAAAUAAUGUGCUUAACAGGAUCUAUUUUGGUGAAUAAGAUGAACAAUAUUUUGCAUAUCUCAUGAAUGUCCUGCUAUAUUUAAAUGCAUACAGAUAUGCAUCAAAUGGUAGGACAAGGAAAGUUAGCAUAUUGAAGUACUGUAUUUAAAAAUAAAUCUAAAAACUUGUCAACAUAUUCUUAACAGUAUUAGGGUAACUAAUACCUACUUCAUCAAACAUGAAUAAAAUACCAUUAGAUACAAAGAAAUUUGCUUUCAGACUACCCAGUGGAAUAGCUAUACUGUAAUGAACCUCCUAGAUGCACGCAGGUUCAACAUAUUUCAACUCUGCCAAGGAGAAUUUUAUGAUGUUUCUUCGACAGCUUUGUUUUCUUAGUUUGAGUCUAUGACCUUUUGUUCUUGAAGUUGCAUGUUUAAAAAACUCUUGGCUAUAUUGUCAAUUUCUGUUACUACUUUGUAUAUAGUAUAUUUUGCCUGUC